GCCGCGCGCAAAGCCUCCUCUCGCGGCCGCUGCUACGUACGUUAAAUAUAUAAAGGACCUUAUACAUGUGUUGCUGUUUAUAUUGAGUGCGUUAGUGUGUGCUCUUCUUAUUAGUGUACGUGCUAUUUAUUGUUGAAGAUAUUCAACGUAUGAAAAAUGCCACCAUAUCAAGGUAAUAACAUUGCGCAAAUGAAAAGAAUGGCCAGUGACAACGUGCAAUACGCCAAAAGAAGGGAUUACGAAUGGCAAAUAGUAUGGAGAAACGUCUUGGCUUUCAUUUAUUUGCACGUCGCCUCAUUGUACGGCAUUUACCUCAUACUGACCUUAAAAUCGAAGAUAUUGACGUUAUUAUUCGCUUUAUCUUUCGGCGUGCUGUCAGCUAUGGGCGUGACAGCAGGCGCGCACCGGCUGUGGGCCCACAACGCGUAUAAAGCGCGGUGGCCGCUCAGACUGUUCCUGGCGGUAAUGCAAACUAUGGCCUUCCAGAACCACAUAUACGAGUGGGUGCGGGAUCACAGGGUUCAUCACAAGUUUACGGAGACAGACGCAGAUCCUCACAACGCGCGGCGCGGCUUCUUCUUUUCGCACAUUGGCUGGCUGAUGGUGCGGAAACACAAGGAUGUAUUAGAGAAGGGCGCCAUCGUCGACAUGUCUGAUCUAGAGAAAGAUCCAAUUGUUAUGUUUCAAAAGAAAACAUAUCUGGUGGUGAUGCCGCUGCUGUGUUUCAUUCUGCCGGCGUGGGUGCCGGUAGCGCUGUGGAGUGAGAACCCCUGGCAUUCGUGGUACGUCGCCUCUAUGUUCCGGUACACGCUGUCGCUGCACUUUACCUGGCUCGUCAACUCCGCUGCGCACAUCUGGGGCAAUCGCCCGUAUGACAAAUACAUAGGCGCUACGGAUAAUAAAACUGUUGCUAUCUGCGCCUUUGGAGAAGGAUGGCACAAUUACCACCACGUGUUCCCGUGGGACUACAAGGCGGCGGAAUUGGGCCACUACAGUACAAAUUUUUCUACAGCCCUAAUUGACUGGGCGGCGAAAUAUGGUCUAGCUUACGACUUGAAGACCGUUUCAGCUGAUAUGAUUAGGAAAAGAGUUACAAGAACUGGUGACGGAUCGCAUCCGUAUAGCAAAGACACUAAGAGUAUUGAAGACGACCACCAUCAUCCAGAAAAUCCGGUGUGGGGCUGGGAAGACGCAGACUUGCCAGAAGAAGACAGAAAACUCGCAGAAAUUACUAACAAACUGACGGAAUGAUUGCAAUAAUGCUAGUAGCCAAUGCGUAGAUUUAACGGUGUAAAUUAAUCGUAAUUUAAUUUAUGAAACAUAAAUGUUUUAAGAAAACUACUUAAGAACCAAAAUUUUACUUUAUCUUAUUUAUUUAUUGAACACAAAGAUGUUAAAUAAUACUUUGUAGAACUUCCAUAGAAAUGCAAUGAAUUUAAGAGAAGUUUAAUGGAACAUAAAUGCUUAAUUAACGUUUUGGUGAAUGACAUCUAAAAGAUAUGCACAAAUGGCAAAACCAAAAUGUAACAGCAGUCUACUGUCUAAGAUUGAUAUGCAUUUUAAAUAAGAUUACAAACGAACAACCCGGUUGCUCGUUUUUGUUUUGAUCUUUAACAAUAUAAUUUAUAGUAAUAUAACUAUUAUAUAUUUAUUGUAGUGUUGCGGUUUUUAUUUAUGUCUUUAUCACUUAAGGUUGAAAAGGUUUUAAGGAAAGUUUGUAAUUGUAACCGAUCGUUUUAUGGUGCUGAUAAACAGUAUGAUAUGAAACACAAUGCUAAGCUUGAGAUAGAUUUAGGUGAUUAUAUUGCCACGUAAUAUGGUGACUGUUAGCUUAAGUAUCUAAUUGAAAACAAAUUAUUUCUAAGUCCAUUGUUGUAAUUCUUUAUUUAUUAAAUGCUGAGGAAAAUGCU